CGGCCGCUGCAUGCUGGGACGGGCGGUUGAGCUCCGCCGCGGAGCGAGCGCCUUCUCCCCUUUGACCCUCCCGGAGGUGCCCCCGGCCAAGCUCCUCCCUUCCUGCUGCAGCGUAAGAUGGCGGCCGAGGUGGAUUUUGGGGACAGCGAGCUCUUUGAGCAGCUCGAUGGGGAGGACGGGCCGCCGCCAACGCCUCGCCUCAAUUUCGAGGAGGAAGAGAGACCCGAGAAAGACCUGGAGGAACUGCACGAACGGCUGCGGGACCGUGAGGAGACGGUGCGGCGGCUCCGGGCGGAGAACCAGGAACUUAGAAGGAAGCUGAAUAUUCUGACCCGUCCUAGUGGGAUUUCAGUGGACAACCCCAAACUUGAUGGACCUCUGUUACAGAUUUUAUUUAUGAACAAUGUAAUUUCUAAGCAGUAUCAUCAAGAAAUUGAAGAUUUUGUUUUUAAUUUAGUUCAGAAAUAUGAAGAGCAGAAGAAAAGUGAGCAUGAAAAAACACAUUUCAAUGUUAAGCCACAGCCCUCCAGUGUUCUUUUGGAAGAAGACUGUAAAACAGCAAGCUCAAAUUCUGCUAAAAAAAUGAAAGAAGCUUUUAGUGUUGUAGGAAGUGUUCUAUAUUUUACCAAUUUUUGUCUUGAUAAACUGGGACAGCCUAUAUUAAAUGAGAAUCCACAGCUGACAGAAGGAUGGGAGAUACCUAAAUAUCAGCAAGUUUUCAGCCAGAUUCUCUCCCUAGAUGGACAAGAAAUACAAGUAAAACCAAAAAGCAGGCCAAAACCACAUUGUUUCAAUUGUGGUUCUGAAGACCAUCAGAUGAAAGACUGUCCAAAGCCACGAAAUGCAGCUCGUAUAAGUGAGAAGAGAAAGGAGUUUAUGGAAGCUUGUGGUGAAGCGAGCAAUCAGAAUUUUCAGCAGCGUUACCAUGCAGAGGAAGUAGAAGAGAGGUUUGGAAAGUUUAAACCAGGAGUAAUUAGUGGGGAACUUCAAGAUGCACUUGGUGUCACAGAUAAGAGUCUUCCUCCAUUUAUAUAUCGCAUGCGUCAGCUGGGUUAUCCUCCAGGAUGGCUCAAGGAGGCUGAAAUGGAGCACUCAGGACUUGCACUUUAUGAUGGGAAAGAUGAUGAUGGAACAGAAAACGAAGGAUCUUGCCAACCUAAACGCACCACUUAUGAUGUCUCUAAGUUGAUAAACUACCCAGGCUUUAAUACAUCUACUCCAAGUGGGAUCCCAGAUGAAUGGCAGAUGUUUGGUUCCAUCCCCAUGCAGCCAUCUCAACAGAAGGAUGUUUUCGCUCACUACCUUGCUAAUUUUCAUGCGCCAAGUCCAAAAUCUAGCUGUAAAAGGGCUGCAUCUCAGUCAAAGUCUCCUCAUUCAAAACGACUAAAAGAUGGCAGUUUGGAGGUACCAGCAGCUGACAUGGACCUGGACUCUGAUCUGGAAGUGUCACAAAGGUCUCAAACUCCCAACAGUUUCCAAUUCCAACCUCCGCUGCCACCUGGACAUCCAUCAACUCCUCCUCCUUUACCACGAGGAACACCUCCACAAUCUCAACCUUCAACACCCACCCAUACCCCUCUUGCUAGGGCUACUCCACCACAGAAUGCUUCUGGUGAUGCUUCUCAGGCAAAAAUAGUGGACUCAGUCAUGGACGAGGAUACCCUGACCUUGGAAGAGUUGGAGGAACAGCAGCGAUUAAUCUGGGCAGCGCUAGAGCAGGCAGAAAGCACAAACAGUGAUUCUGAUAUUCCUGCUGAUACACCUUUAACUGGAAAUUCUCUGACAUCGUCACCAUCUAGGAAUGAGGUAGAUCUUGUUGCAGAAGUAAGAUCAUCUGAUAAGGUGAUUACAGUGGAAACCAGAUUAUCUGACAUCUGUGAACAGGUACCAGAAAAUGAACCUUCUGUAGCUAGUCCUAAUCCGGGAGAUGGUUUCCUUAAUGUAAAGGAAAAUCCUGAUAAUGCACAUUCUGAAGGUUUACUGGAUAACACUGUGCCUGCUCCCAGCUGUGAGAUUAAUGAUGAAGAAAAUACAAGUGGUAGUAAAGUGGUCACAAGCAUUGAAUCAUCUGCAAAAAACUCCAGUCUUGUUCCUGACAUGAGCAAGUUUGCUGCAGGCAUAACACCAUUUGAAUUUGAAAAUAUGGCAGAAUCAACAGGCGUUUAUCUACGAAUAAGAAGCGUGUUAAAAAAUUCCCCAAGAAACCAGCAAAAGAAAAAGACUUCCUUUUAGUGGGUCUUCCUUUGGUUCACUAUGUGCAAAUCCCUCCUUCCUUCUCUUUUCUCCCCCAGUUUUACAAACUUCCUCAUCCUUUUGUGGAAAGGAGAAAAUAUUGAUAAAUACAGAUCUGCCCUGUUCUUCCUUGGAAUUCCAGUCAAUGCAGAGCUUCCCUAUUGACCAGGACCACCAACGCUGCCAGAAACCAGAACAAAUGUCCCUGAUUUCAUCUUUACACUAAGGAAUAACAGGACUGUUGAUUUGUUAAGAGUGUACAUGAAACCAGAGAGAAGUUUGUGGUUUGCCAUUCAUUGUUUUGGCUAAGAUUUCUAUUGUCUUGAGUUUUAGGUGGAUUGGUGAUUUUUUUUUUUUAAUAUAUAUAUCUGUCCUUUGUACAAUAAUCAGUACUUUAUACAUUUUGCUAAUUAUCCUGUAGAUAAGUUUAAUAUAUUCAGAAUGUUUUUUUUAACAAAGUCUUAACAUUAAGAUUCCCCACAUCAAAAUCCUGGCAAUUGGAUGGAAGAUAAUCAGGGAGUAUUAGCUUCACCAUUUCAAGUAUUUUUGUAAAUUAUUUAUGUGGGUCAGUUUUAAUUACCACUGUAUCUUUUGUAAUGUCAUCCCCCCGUAAACUUGCUGUACAUACAUGGUCAUUGUUGUGUACAGACGUUUAAUAAAUCAACUUUUAUAUAAA